AUGUCACUCUACUUCCGUGUCAAGAGAAAGGAACAAACGAUCUUUUUAUCAGCAGAGAAUACAGAUAGCAUUCAAAAGCUCAAGAAUGAUAUUGCCAUCAUCAACAAAUUACAAGACAAACCAUCUGACUAUGUUAGAUUGAUUCACAAUGGAACAGUACUCGAUGACAAAAAGACUGUCAAUAGUUUAAAUAUGAAAAAUGAUGAUGUUGUAUAUUUAGUUUACAAGAAUGACGAUGGAUCAUAUGAAGAAAUUGCCGCAUCAAUUCUUUAA